GUGAUGAAACCAAGAUGGCGUGUAGUUCAGACAGGAUGAACGGUGGAUAGGUGACGGGGAAGGAAACACUGGAAAACAACGCGUAUUUUGUGCUCGCGCACGAAAACGGUUAUUAUAAAGAAAACGUCAACUUACACGGGACGUUCAGGAGUCUGUAAAAAGAAGAUCUCCGCGAACAUCAUCCCUCUAAGCGACCGAGAGAGUGUGUAUGUGAGUGAGUGAGUGAGUAAAUGUGUGUGUGCGCGCUGGGAUGGGCUGAUCGAGGAGGCCGCAGAGCCACUGCCACCCAGAGACUGACCCUCUACCGAACAAUAGACCCCGUGAUCAUCAUCAUACAAGAUCCAGAAAGACACAAAUAAUAAAAAACACCGGCUCAGGUGUCACCGAAGAAUAAGAAGAACUCACAUCAAGUGAAAAAAAUAAUGAUGGAUGUAGGGGAGGAGUUUGUUCCACCACCUGAAUGUCCAGUAUUUGAACCAUCAUGGGAGGAGUUUGCAGAUCCAUUGGGAUAUAUUGCCAAAAUCCGUCCAAUAGCAGAAAAGUCUGGAAUAUGCAAGAUUCGUCCACCACCCGACUGGCAGCCACCGUUUGCUGUGGAGGUGGACAAUUUUCAUUUCACACCCCGUAUUCAGAGGCUCAAUGAGCUAGAGGCUGAGACACGAGUAAAGCUGAAUUACCUAGACAGAAUUGCCAAGUUCUGGGAGAUCCAGGGAUCCUCUCUGAAGAUCCCCAAUUUAGAGCGACGUAUUCUGGAUCUGUUCAGCUUGGCCAAGAUUGUCACAGAGGAAGGGGGCUUUGAGUCUGUGAGUAAGGAAAGGCGGUGGGCUCGUGUGGCACAGAAACUCGGUUAUCCUCCUGGUAAAAACAUUGGCUCUCUCCUGAGGUCCCACUAUGAGAGGAUUGUGUAUCCAUUUGAGUUGUUCCAGUCUGGAGCCAGUUUACCGCCACGUAAACCCAGGCAAUAUGACAGUGAUGAGGUAGACCGAGAAUACAAACCCCACUCCAUUCCUUUGCGUCAGUCAGUGCCACCAUCCAAGAUGAGCAGCUAUGGACGAAGGGCCAAUCGCCUUCAGCCUGAGGGUCCCGAGGAUCCAACUCACCACCCUCUUACAACUGGCUCUCAACACAUCUCCUCGCCGGAGCCUACAGAAGAAGACAUUGAGAAGAACCCUGAGCUGAAAAAGCUACAGAUCUAUGGGGCUGGACCUAAAAUGAUGGGCCUUGGUCUUGUACCUCGAGACAAGACGCGGAAGAAAGAUGAUCUGCCGCAGACUGUAAUUGUGCGGGACAGUGCUGUGAAGGAUGAGCCUGCAGAGACGGCGGUUACAAAAUCAGAUCCAGACAUUCCACCGCCACCCCCAAAUCUCAUCAUCAAGGAGGAUGUCGAUGAUGACAAAAGUCAUAUUGACAAACCUAACGAUCCCAGUGAUGAGCCUUGCACUAAGAUGACCAUGAGACUCCGACGCAACCUCAAUAAUCCACAGUUUGUGGACUCGUUUGUGUGUCGAAUGUGUGGACGCGGGGAUGAGGACGAGAAGUUGAUGCUCUGUGAUGGGUGUGAUGAUAAUUACCACACAUUCUGCCUGAUACCUCCACUCACAGACCCACCCAAGGGCAACUGGCGCUGUCCCAAAUGCGUAGCAGAGGAGUGUAAAAAGCCAUCAGAGGCAUUCGGCUUCGAACAGGCCACAAGAGAGUACACGUUACAGAGCUUCGGUGAAAUGGCCGACACUUUCAAAGCAGACUACUUCAACAUGCCUGUCCAUAUGGUUCCCACAGAGCUGGUUGAAAAGGAGUUUUGGAGGUUGGUUAGCAGUAUUGAAGAAGAUGUAACUGUAGAAUAUGGUGCCGAUAUUCACUCAAAAGAAUUUGGUAGUGGUUUUCCUGUCAACAACGGCAAGAGACAAUUAUCAGAGGAGGAAGAGGAAUAUGCCCGCAGCGGCUGGAACCUAAAUGUUAUGCCAGUGUUGGAACAGUCAUUGUUGUGCCACAUCAAUGCAGAUAUCUCUGGCAUGAAGGUGCCAUGGCUAUAUGUGGGCAUGGUGUUCUCUGCUUUCUGUUGGCACAUAGAGGACCACUGGAGUUACUCCAUCAAUUAUUUACACUGGGGCGAGCCCAAAACAUGGUAUGGAGUUCCAUGUUCAGCUGCAGAGAAGUUGGAGGAGGUGAUGAAGAAACUCACACCUGAGCUAUUUGAGUUCCAGCCAGACCUGCUCCACCAGCUAGUCACCAUCAUGAACCCAAAUAUACUCAUGAGUCAUGGAGUGCCGGUGGUUCGGACCAAUCAGUGUGCUGGGGAGUUUGUCAUCACCUUUCCACGAGCUUACCACAGCGGUUUUAAUCAGGGAUAUAACUUUGCCGAAGCUGUCAACUUCUGCACUGCAGAUUGGUUGCCCACAGGGCGCUCUUGUAUUGAGCAUUACCGGCAGCUGAGGCGCUACUGUGUGUUCUCUCAAGAGGAACUCACCUGCAAGAUGGCGGCCUGCCCAGAAAAGCUGGAUCUGAACCUGGCAGCCGCCACACACAGGGAGAUGUUCAUCAUAGUGCAGGAAGAGAGGAAACUACGCAAAAGCCUACUGGAAAGGGGCAUCAAGGAAGCUGAAAGGGAGGCCUUUGAGUUGCUGCCUGAUGAUGAACGACAGUGUGACAAAUGUAAGACCACCUGCUUCCUCUCAGCUCUGGCAUGUUCGAACUGCCCAGAGCGUCUCGUCUGCCUCUAUCAUGCCCAGGACCUCUGCUCUUGCCCGAGUGAAAAACUCUACCUCAGGUAUCGCUAUACUCUGGAUGAACUGUUGGCCAUGUUGCAUCGGUUGAAAGUUCGCGCUGAGUCUUUUGACUCUUGGGCUAACCGCGUGAAGGAAGCCCUAGAGCAGGAUGAAGGCAACAAAAUAGAUAUUAAAGAUCUGGAGGUAUUAAAAGAAGAGGCAGCUGACAAGAAGUUCCCCAAUAAUGAGCUGCUCCAGCGCCUCAACACUGUCUUCGUGGACAUAGAGAAGUGCGAGAGCUGCAGCACAGAACUCCUCAGCAACAGCCAGAGCAGUAGAAUGACCCUGAAGGAGCUGAAGACUCUGGUGGACACCAUGCAGAACCUGCCAUGUGUUAUAAAGCAGCAGGACGAAGUUCAGCUGAUAUUGCAGAAGAUAGAGGAGUUUGAUUCCCGUGCUCAAGUUCUGGUCGACAGCACCAAGAGUGAAUGGAAGCAGGACUCUCCUCUUCCUGUGGCCACUGAGAUCCAGGCUCUGCUAGAGGAAGGUGCAUCACUACCGGUUAUUGCCCCAGCUUGUGAGCUUUUGAGUGGGCUGUUGGAGCAGGGGCGCUGGCUGGGAGAGGUCAGGCGGACGUUAGGGCCAGAGGGCAGUGAGGUGACUCUGACUGUGCUAAGGAACUUGAUGGAGUCGGGCUGUAAUGUACCACAGAGUGUGUCAGUGGAGACUGCAAUGGCUGAACUGCAAGAGCUCUUGACAAUAGCUGAACGCUGGGAGGAGAAGGCGCAGAUAUGCUUGGAGGACAGGCAGAAACACCAUUUAUCAACGCUGGAGGCUAUUGUGAAUGAGGCUCAACUAAUACCAGUCCAGCUGCCUAAUAUCCUGUCCCUACAGGCCUGCUUGAGCCGAGCUCGGGCUUGGGUCACAGAUCUGGAGGAAAUUCAGAAUGGUGAGCACUAUCCAUGUUUGGAUGACCUGGAGGGUCUGGUAGCCAUUGGGAGGGACUUGCCAGUGAAGAUGGAGGAGCUGAAGCAGCUGGAGCUGCAGGUGGCCAGUGCUCACUCCUGGAGAGAGAAGGCCAGCAAAACCUUUCUGAAGAAGAACAGCCAACAUAGUCUGCUCGAGGUGCUGUGCCCAUGUGUUGAGAAGAGCAAGAAGAUGGAGGACAACUCAAUGGUUACAGAAGCAGAUUCGGAUGUCAAUGUAUUAGGCCUCACAGCUCAGGACCUCAGAGACCCAGGAGCUAUUGUAAUGGCAUUUAAAGAAGGGGAGCGUCUGGAGAAAGAAGCCCUCCUCCGCCUCCAGCAGGUUAAUUUGGCGAAACCCAGUAUCGAAAAUGGAGUAAGCACUGACCAGGACAGUAUCAAGACAGAAAAGAAACAGAGUAACUCCAUGGAGACAGAUGUGCCCCUUAACUCAGACAGUCCCGUGCUGCAAAAUGGAGGCUCUUCCCAUUCCCUCACCUCUAGCCAAACUGUGUGUAUUUGUGGUGGCCCACCUCGCCCCUUGCUUCACCGGUGCCAUCUGUGCAAAGACUGGUUCCAUGGAGGUUGUGUGUCCUUCCCACCAUUGUUGGCCACUUCAGACACGCAUCUUACAAAACCCCUCUGCUGGUGGGACUGGAACACGCGUUUUCUCUGUCCGCGGUGCCAGCGAUCCCGACGGCCACGGCUGGAAACUAUUCUAGCGCUGCUGGUGGCGCUGCAGAGGUUACCUGUACGGCUGCCAGAGGGAGAAGCGUUACAGUGUCUUACAGAGAGAGCUAUUAACUGGCAAGGUCGAGCCAAACAGGCAUUAGACACUCCAGAAGUACAGGAGGCGCUAGACAGACUGCAACAAGUAGAGGAUGAAAUGGUCAGUAUAAAAGAGGAAGAACCAGAGGAGAAAAAGAAAUGGAAUGGAGAUGCUGUAAUUGUGCUUUCUGACUCGGAGGAAGCAGAAGAUGGUGUUAUCGAUCUGACGGAAGAUGGGAACUCGCCAAAAAAGAAUGAAAGGAACGCUGUCAAUGGUACACAGUCUGGCUGUGAAAAUGGAAUUGGCAGGAAGUCGAGUGCACAUGAAGUUACAGGGGUGGAGUCUCUGUUGUCACUAGUGCCGAGUCUUAAAGGGCCAGUGGUGGAGCUGAACACAUCUGUCAGAGCACAGCUGGAGGAGCUUCAGCUUGAAGGAGACCUGCUGGAGGUCACGCUUGACCAGACACACGCCAUCUACCGCAUCCUUCAGGCAUCAUCUCAGCCGCCCCAGGACACCUUGCGGACACUCAUACAGAUUGAACUGCAGGAGCAGAGAAGCUCAGGUCGUGGCAACAAGUCGAAAGACUCCAAGAGGAAGAGAAAGAGCCAGAAAACCGAAGGCGAGCCGAAAUCCACAGAGGCUUCAGACUGCAAGAAGACGAAAGCCCUCAAUCUCAGCCCACCUACAGACACACACACAGAUGUUGUGAUGUUUUCCUGAAGCUGUGGAGGAGCCGAUGGAGAACCAUGAACCACAGAGACAGAAAAGCGCAGGGCUCAGGCUCAUUCCCCCACAUAAUAAGCUCACGUUAAUGUUUCUUUUCAACCCAUGAAAUGGAUGAUCCUGAUCAUACUAACCACUGCACUUUUUCUGUUUGUUUGUUUUCUCCUCCGUUUGUGUCUGUUCACUCCCCUCAUCCUGAACAGUGCACUGGUGCAGGCGGGUAAUCCUGUUUCUCUUAGAGGAGGGAUAAAAGGGGAUUCGCCCUGCGGUUAAGCUGUCUGUCUUUACAGUAUAGAUGUACCAAACUGUUCUUAACGCCAAUGCCGUGUGCUGCAUAAAAAUGACUUGUCCAGGUAUACACACGUUCACACACACAUACUCGGCGGGGCAGAAGGGGAGACUGGCAUUGGCUGCCACGAUGACACCGUAUUCUUUUUGUACAGAGUCUCACGUUUUUGUCUGGGAGGCUCGACGUUGUGAAUAAACUAGUACAAUAUUUUGAAAGUGUGACAGAAAAAAACAAAGGCAUUUACGUUCUGGUGCUACUUUCCUAAGAUAGGUUCCUGCAUAGUCCUUUUCCACUUCUUCAUUGUCAUUUCCUUUCAGUGCUUCUGUUGUGUCUCUUAAGCUUCCUGCUCUCCUCUUCCUCUCCACACAGCUGUACAAACUCUCACUUUAACUCCCUUUAUGUCCAUCUUCUUUUGUCGCUGGGGUUCUAAUAUUAUUCUAUUAUUAUUAUUAUUAUUAUUGGUAUUGCUAUUGCAGACACACGCGGUCGUGAGUUUGUGUAUAAACAUUUUCAUUUCCAUGUUGCCUUUGUUUCUUUUCACUCUUGUUAGAAAAUAAAAGUUUAGAAUUGUUUUAGGAA